AUGUUAAUCAAAGUGAAGACAUUGACUGGAAAGGAAAUCGAACUCGACAUUGAGCCUAAUGACAAGGUGGAAAGAAUCAAGGAAAAGGUAGAAGAAAAAGAAGGCAUACCUCCACCACAACAGCGUUUGAUUUUUGCUGGAAAGCAAAUGAAUGAUGAGAAAACAGCACAAGAUUACAAAGUUGCUGGCGGAUCAGUUCUUCACUUGGUGCUUGCAUUGCGUGGUGGCGUUUAA